UACACACAAGUUACAGUGUUAAAACUUUCACCCUCUGCCGAAAGUGUUAAUUUGAUAAUACGUUCUAAGUAGCAGUUUACGAAUACGUCAGGGUCAGAAUAAUUGGCAAAACUAUGUGUUGAAAAGUGUAUUUGGGAUUUAAAGACAAACCAGCCAAUGGCUGAAAGUCUCUUUAAUAAACUAACCUUACCUAACCUGCAUUUGCCAUUGUUGGGCAAUGUUUCACAAUCGAACGCCAUGAUUGUGAUAGGUGGGCGAGAUGCGUAGGAGCGCCGGAUGUAGUUAAGUGCAAGUACGAGCAGCAACAGUAAGGGGGAAAAGAAAAAGAAGGAGUAUUGCCAACGCGGUGAAAGCAAAAUGGAGUUUGCUGAGCUUAUUAGAACUCCAAAGCUGGAUGGCGUGCAGAUGUACGAGCAACUCCGACGGGAGUCCAUCGAUGGAACGCUUUGCAUCACCGGUCAUCACCUGAUACUGAGCACACGGAAGGAAGGCGCACGGGAACUUUGGUUGCUUCAUCAAAACGUGGAUUUAGUCGAACGGAAACCAUACAUCGUUAACAAUGUACUCGAGGGAGGUACCAUCACGCUCAAGUGCAAAGAUCUCCGGAUCAUCCAGCUCAGGAUCAACUCCCCGCAGGAGUACUUUAACAUUUCCAAUUCCAUCGAGCAGUUGUCGAAUUUGGAGGAAACCAAGAAACUGUACCCGUUUUUCUACAUCCCAAUGUACAACGUGAUGCAAGAUGGCCACACCGAGUACACCAUUGAGACUGAAUAUGCUAAACUGCUUGCCACGGACGAAUGGCGUCUGUCGACGGUCAAUCACGAUUUUAAGGUUUGUCCAACCUAUGGCUCCCGAAUGUUGGUGCAAAAGUCGAUUAGCGACGAACAAAUCAUUCAAUCAGCUGCCUUCCGCGAUGGCGGACGAUUUCCGGUGCUGGCAUACAAGCACACCAACGGAGCGGUGCUAUUUCGAUGUGCUCAACCCCUCGCCGGACCUGGUGUGAAACGAUGUCGAGCAGACGAAGCCAUACUUAAUUCGCUGGUCGAACCAGGUGCGAAGAAGGGCUACAUCUUCGACACGUGGGGUAAAACGAAAAAUACCAACACCGAAAUCGAACCUCACUACCCCCAGUGGCGGAUACUGAGCCGGCCCAUUGGGUCGCUAACGUCGUCCAUCUCCAGUUUAUUGGAUAGUUUCGUGAAGCUGAUGGAUGCAUGUAACGAUGUCGCCACCAGUUCGGAUCGGUGGCUUUCGCGGCUGGAAAGCUCCAGCUGGUUGAGCUUCGUGCUGAAUGCGAUGAACGUUUCCUGCGUGGUGGCUCAAUGUCUGGCCAAGGAGGGAGUGCCCGUCGUAGUGCACGGCGGCAAAGGACUGGACACGCCACUGAUCGUCACUUCGGUGGCGCAGAUCAUUCUAAAUCCCGACUGCAGGACAAUAAAAGGAUUGCAAGCUUUAAUCGAGCGGGAGUGGCUGCAGGCAGGGUACCCAUUUUCGACCCGCCACAAAAACUCGUGCUACACCCCAUCGGUCCAGCGACACAAGACGUCCAGCGCGACGUUCGUGCUGUUCCUGGACUGUGUGUUCCAGCUGUACCAUCAGUUUCCGUGCAGCUUCGAGUUCGAUUCCCGCUAUCUGAUAGUGCUGUUCGAGCACAGCUACAGCAGUCAAUACGGGACGUUCCUGGCGAACUCGGAACGGGAGCGGAUCGAACUGCGCGUACGGGAGCGGACUACUAGUUUGUGGAGCUACAUCAAUCGGCCGGAAGUGAUCGACACGUUGCUCAAUCCGAUGUACAUUCCGAACUCGGUCGUAAUAUGGCCCUCGGUGGCACCGCUCAGCAUCGUUUUGUGGUCGGACGCGUACACCCGGUGGGUGAUUGAUCAGAGCGUUGCGCGGACCAACCGAGAUCGGAUGCUCGGAAUCGUUAGCGAAGAGAAGGAGCUGGAGAAGAAGGUGAAAAGGCUCCGUCGGGAAUUGUCCGAUCUGCAGCGGGAGUACAUCCGCUUGAAGCUGGAGGAGACGCUGCUGUCCGACGAGGGAACCGAGGAGGACGCCGACGCCAGUGACAGUAAGUAGGAUCUAGAGAAAGAAAGAAGAAGAAGAAGGUGCUAAACAAUGACAGAGCGAACAAUGAUCGCCUUCUAUCUCUCUCGAAUACCUAAUCCCUUAAGUGAAACCGUGACAUUCCCCGCCGCCGUCUGGUAUCAACCUAGUUGUUGGAUUGCCUUUUAUAUCUCUAUUUUAAAGCUUUAAAACGUCGUCGAAUAGGACUCCAACAGGAGGAGGCCACCUGUUAUUUUGGAACAAUAUUAUUAGUACCAUUCAUUGCACGCAUUUAAUUCAAAUCUCGAUUCGAUCUUUCAAAUUGUUUAGAGUCUAGUCAGUUUUAUUUUCGUUAGAUUUAUUAAGGUAGCACGUAAGAUUAUGCGUUGAAAAGUGCAAGUUUUGAUUGGAGCUUCUUUUUUUUAUGGGCCACACCGUUAUGCGGGCAGGAAACGAGACUUGAGGGAAUUUACCGGUAGCAAGUUUUUGGGACAGCAGCUCUCAAAACGUGAACAAAUCUUACAAUAUUGCUACCAAUGGAUAAAUAUUAGUAAAGCUAGAAUUUACUAGAAUACUUAGUGCACAGAUAAAAAGUGCGAUUACGCGACGCCACUGUAUCGUCGGUUGCAUGCAAUACUUUCACAAAGUAGAAAUUUCCCAAAUUUAGAGAUUUUGAUGGCAAAUGACGGCAAAUUGUGUGAAGUAUCAUUCCACAGAAACCCAUUGUGUAAUUUGAGAAUAAUCGAAAAAUAUCAUGAAAGGCACUUUUUUGAGUUAUGCAAGUUUUCUUCAUGCUAUAUGUUCACAACUCAAAAAAAUAAACCCAUUUUUGCACAACUCAACAUAUUUUCUAUAGAAAGUAGUAAACAUCGUUGGUUUGCUAAAUUUGUGUACGAAUUUUUGAUAAAAUUAAUGAAACACACCCGCUUUAUUCCAAUAGAAAUGAAAAGAAUCAUGCGACAGUAUUGCAUGAAACCGACGACAUAUCCUUUCCUACUCCAUGACCUCUCCAAUAUCGAGUUAGGCCUCCUAUGUUUCUUAAAUAUUGCCCACUCUAAUUUCAACCAUGUUCCUAUUAAACUAGCGAAAGAUUGAAGGGAUUGUGGCACGAGGCAUAAAACGGUAAGUCCCAAUACAUUAAUUGAUAGAUUCCGAUGCUCCGUUUCGAUUUUCUUUCAAAUGAAAACCUCUGGUCUUGAACUGUCCGGAGAAGCCCACUAUGUUCGCCUCCAUGAACGGCACCCGAUUUAAACUCAUGCCAGUGCUGAGUGACUGGUAUGUUAAUACUUUUUCCGCACUACUGUGUUACCUGACUUAUAACGAAUAUAUGAUCAAUGAUUUUGAUUUUUUGAACUAAUUUGAGUUCAGUUUACUCAUAAAUCGCAAAAUGUGCAGGAACUCAGCGAUGAGUACAUGUUAAAGCCCUCUAGUUAAAGUAUGGACGACUGUCACCACAAAACUGACCAAUCGAGCAAAGCGGUGCAUUUUGACGGUUCGAUUGGAACAACUUUUGACAGACGUCCAUACUUUUACUGUAGGGCUUUAGUAAAUGUUCCUUGAAGGUGUCGGAUCGCAGUGUUGCGCUACUUGAAGAGUACAACACACUUGAAAUGUAAAGUUGGAAUGUUUGAAAGACCUCUUCCGAUGAUUUAGAUUUCCUAUUACAGUUUGUUUUUGAGCCGAAAGAAAUAUUUCACGAUCUUAGUUAUGGCCAUAUAAAACGUAUCGAUUUAGUCUUGUUGCCUGUAUUUGAAGGCGUCUACCCAACAGAGGUUUUCCUGUAUAGCAAGUUUGCAUAUCACAUUGUUCGAUCGAGCAGACUUCAAAUGGGAGAAGGGCUUUCUUGUUGUUCAAGCGGUAUCCAAACUAUGGUAGACUCGUUCCGUGUUGACUUCUCGAUGCUCUCUGUAAACUUUUCGAAACUGUCGCGUUGUUUGGUUGCAUUCAGUUUCGCGAUUAUGGUACUUCGGUGCAGUGGAAAUGCAACAUUUUUCUUUUAAUUUGUUAAUAAUUUCGUCGACGCUAGCAGGGUUAAUAUUCACUGCCGCGCGAGCCUAGCCUUCCAGUCGAGAUAAAAUGGUUUGGAUAGCAGCUUGCUUAUUAUUUUCGUUGAUUAGAGGUUUGCAUGCGUUUAAAGCUGCUAAAACACUUUCUAACUUGUUAAUUCAUGGUCAUACAACUUCCGUUUGGAUGCUGGCCACAUACUGUUUACGUACUCUUCGUGAUCCCAUACCCUGGGAUGCACGACAUU